AUGGAGAAACUCAACUCGGAGGACGGUCAGCUUUUCAUCAAGAACCUCGCCAGCUUCGUGCGAACUCAUGAAAAAGCCUUGGCCAACGCCCUGCAGCUGAGACGCCAGUCCGUCCCCUCCAACAACUAUGCAUCCUCUACCUCAUCUACCCUGGCCGCCGCCCUCUCCUUUGGCGCCUUGAAGUUCACCUCGCAAAACGUGAAACCAGCCAAGCUGACACUCACCCCGCACCACCUGUUCUACCUGCUCUCUCAGUUUGAGGACCUCUCCAUCGCGGUGGGCUCGAUGAAUGUUCGCUUGGAGAACAUCCACAAUGACUCAUCCUCCUCAUAUGUGUCAUUCCUGAAUCAGCCACGUCGUACUCGUGGCGAUCGCGACUCUAUCCAUUCCGUAUCCAGCGUUCGUAGUGUCAUGUCGGGUAUGAGUGCCGUCUGGUCCUCCUUUGGACUCGGCUCGAAAGAUUCCGUCACCAAAUCCGAAAAGGCAAAGGCUGCUUUGGAUGCCGACCUGAAGUAUCUGUACUCCGCAUUCACUAAGAUCCCCUGUUUGCGCCUCGCUCCGGAUCGUCGAGCUCGCCUUAUCCGCGGCUACGAGGAGUUUCCCCUGGAUACUGCAGUCCCGCUGCAUGCGUUCAAGAACUUGAGUGCUCUUGAGAUCAUUGAUAUCGACUAUCGCUCCUUUUAUGGCUGGGACAGACUGUCGGAGCAACUACGCACCUUGACCUUGAAACGGGCCAACAUCAAUGACCCGACUGAUCUCUUGACCAAGAUCGUUCUGGACGAUGUUGACAAGCGUCGACGCCGCCCGUCGAAAUCUUACCCUUCACCUAUUCCUGGUGGUAGCAUGGCAACCACGCCGCAGCCAGUCUACAAAUAUGACGACGCCAGUAGUACCAGUAACACUCAUAAGCCCGUUUCGGCGCCAGGCUCCCCUAGUCUUAGCAACAACCUGGCGACUAGUACUAGUCCCAAAUCUAUUCCCAUGAUUAGAGGAGGAUCUGAAGGCGAACGAGGUCACCGCCGAACCGGCAGCUACUCUCCUACCAGACCGCAGACGUCGUCAAGGCAGCACACUCAAAACCGGCACUCUCGAGGGCAUUCAAUCAACAAAGUAGCGCGAUCUAGCUCGGGCAGCUCAAACUCGAGCGAAGUUUCGCUCCAUGGAAACCGCAGCUCGUCAAACCUCUUAGCUGGGGUAUUGCCUCCGACCAAAUGGCGCUUCUUGCGCCAUCUGGGACUGGCUGACAAUUCUUUGACGACCUUGCCAUCUGACUGCUUUAUGCCCGUUGCUAACACGUUGCACUCACUUGAUUUGUCUUCGAAUCUGUUUGCUGAAAUCCCUGACAGCUUACCUAGUUUGGUGGCGCUGCGAGCAUUGAACCUCUCCAAUUGCAUGAUCAACUCACUUCGGUCGAUUGCGAAGAAUCCUUUGCCCGCCAUUACUGCUCUCAACCUUCGUGGAAACCGUUUGUCAUCGCUCGCUGGAAUUGAGCGGCUUCUUUCGCUGGAGCGCCUUGACCUUCGAGACAACAAUCUGACAGAUCCUACUGAAAUCGCCCGGUUGACCGGUCUCCCUGAAAUACGAGAGAUUUGGGUGUCGGGCAAUCCGUUCACUAAAACCCACUCGAAUUAUCGGGUCACGAUAUUUAAUCUCUUCCGUCGCACUCCUGGAUUCACCGAAGACAUCAUAAUCGAUGCUUCCGGUCCGGGAUACAGUGAACGAAAGCAACUGGUAGAUCGUGUUGCUGAGCCAGAGUCUGCACCGGUUGUCCGACCGGUCGAACUCGAGCCAGCAAAGACUGUGAGCAAGGUGCCAGCACCAGUGCGUCAGGAACUCUUGUCGCAAGACAUUACCACCGCCGCUGCCGUUGCAGCAGCAACAGAAGCCACAGGGACUGCUGGGACUACACACCGCAAAAGAGGCAAUCGUCGACGCAUUGUCGAUUUGUCUCGAGAAGAAUCUGUAACGCAAGUUUUCACUUCUCCUUCAUCUCAAAAUAAACCCCUACCCCCCAAUCCUCCUGUUUUGGUCGAUCCAUUCAUCCCGAGCGGACCGACGAAACGGAAGGAGGAUGCUACCAUAUCGCCUGUUGAUGUUGAACCGGUGAAAAAGCCAAUCACUCAACCUGUAUCUCAAAAUCAGAAAGUUGUACCAGCUAAGCAGGAUGCUAUAGAUUGGAACGCCAAUUUUAGUCUGGGUGGUGAGAGCAACAUCUUUCGUCCACGACUAGAAGCUGUGCACAAUAGCAACAGUAGCAGCAGCAAUAGCUGGCUCAACGUGCUUCACGAGGGGAACUGGCAGACUCAACAGACGAACAUGUCGGCUGUUCCGCGUACAGGCACAGUCUUUGACGCAUCCAUGAUUCGACCAGAUGCCGUCAGUCGUCCUGAGAGCCACUUGCUGGUUAGUGGGCGGACAGUGGGAUGA